CAUUGGAAAGUAUUAAUAGCACGCACAAUAACAAAUAUGGACGAAAAAUUUGAGGAACAUGCUACUUCUUCGAGUAAUUCAAAAGCCAAUAAACAAAAAGAUAAUAAAGACAAACCCGGAAUAAUAUAUUUAAGCACAGUUCCAGAAUAUAUGAGCGUUCAAAAGUUAAGAAAUGUAUUUGGAGAGUUUGGUGAAGUUAACAGAACAUUUUUUCAACCCGUGGAGAAAAGCUACUCUUAUAAGAAAGGCCUGCUGUUUACUGAAGGAUGGGUAGAAUUCUCAAAGAAGAGUGUAGCCAAAUAUGUGGCUCUGGCUUUGAACAAUACACAAGUUGGUGGCAAAAAAAGGAAUCCUUGGUUUAAUUGCAUAUGGAAUAUAAAGUAUUUGCCUAAAUUUACUUGGACUGAUGUAAAUGCAGACAGGGAAUUAAAAAGGGCAACAUAUGAAAGCAGAAUCAGGGCAGACAUUUCUCAGGUGAAAAAACAGACAAACUUUUAUGUAAACAGUUAUGAAAAGUCAAAGACAUUAAGUGAGAUCAAGAAACGUAAAGAGAAAAAGGGAGAAGUAUUUGAGAAGAGAGCAAUUGCAGACGGGGUACGGCAGAGGUUAACAGAUGAGGAGAUUUUGGCACAGAAAAAAGGAGUGAAGCGAAAAUCUGAUGACACAUCAUCUGGGAACAAAGGAAAACAACAAAGGAAAACAUUUGGUGGUAGUGAUGAAAAUGAAAGCAGAUCUUUUGUAAUGAGUCAUAUAUUUGGUUCCAGUAAAUACAUUUAUAUACAAACUUUGUAUGCUUUUAUGAUAGGUUGUAAGGUGUUAAUUUAUCAACAAAUUGACGACUAA